CACAGGGAGAAAGAUGGAGGAAAGGGGGGGGGCAGCCCCUUGAGCGCAGGCGCAGAAGCAGGAAAUCGGCAGGAAGGGAGAGGGAGGAGCGGGCUCGGUGCCCUCGGCUUUGCAAGGGUUAAAAGGAGCAGAGCUGGAUUCCUAGAGAGGACAGCAAGUGAAGGGGGGGUGAAGUCCUCCCUGGCCAAAUUCCCUCCCUCCCUUCCGGCUGCUUUCUUCUCUCUCCUCGGACCCUGCAGCUUGUUUUGGCUCCUCGACUCCUCAGGAAGGAUGAAAGAGACGGAUCCUGCCAAGCUAGCAAGGAUGGAAGGAGGAAGAUGGACGGUUGACCUGGUCAGGUUGUCUCCUGCAUCCCUCCCCACAACCUCUGAGCUUUCCCUCCCAGGGACCUCAGAGAGAUCUGGACCCUGCAGCUUGUUUUGGCUCCUCGACUCCUCAGGAAGGAUGAAAGAGACGGAUCCUGCAAAGCUAGCGAGGAUGGAAGGGGGAAGAUGGACGGUUGACCUGGUCAGGUUGUCUCCCGCAUCCCUCCCCACAACCUCUGAGCGUUCCCUCCCAGGGACCUCCGAGAGAUCUGAUGGUGAAGAAUUGGAAGGGAGAAACAAGGGGGACCACAACAGAAGCCACAUAGCAGAGAAGUCGUAUAAAUAUUCAGAGUGUGGAGAAAACAUCCGUCAGAGCUCCCAGUCCACGUCCCAUCAAAGAAAGAGCUUCUUAGAGAGGGAUAGCCUCACUUCACAUGAAAGAACAAAGAGUAGGGAGAAAUUGUAUCAGUGCUUGGAAUGUGGAAAGAGCUUUAGUCAGAAGCAGAGUCUCAAUUCCCAUCAAAAAGUUCAUACAGGGGAGAAACCUUAUAAGUGCUUGGAGUGUGGAAAGAGCUUCAGGCAAAGUGGCCAUCUCACUUCCCAUCAACGAAUUCAUACAGGGGAGAAACCCUAUCAAUGCUUCGAAUGUGGAAAGAGCUUUACUCUAAGUGGUGAUCUCACUUCCCAUCAAAGAGUUCAUUCAGGGGAGAAACCCUAUCAGUGCUUUGAAUGUGGAAAGAGCUUCAGUCACAGUAAUAGUCUCACUUCCCAUCAAAGAAUUCAUACAGGGGAGAAACAUUAUCAGUGCUUGGAAUGUGGAAAGAGCUUCAGGCAAAGUAGCAAUCUCACUUCCCAUCAACGAAUUCAUACAGGGGAGAAACCCUAUCAAUGCCUGGAAUGUGGAAAGAACUUCAAUCGGAAGGAUAAUCUCAUUUCCCAUCAAAGAAUUCAUACAGGAGAGAAACCCUAUCAGUGCUUCGAAUGUGGGAAGAGCUUCAGUCACAGUAAUAGUCUCACUUCCCAUCAAAGAAUUCAUACAAAUGAGAAACACUAUCAGUGCUUAGAGUGCGGAAAGAGCUUUAAUCGGAAGGAUAGUCUCAUUUCCCAUCAAAGAAUUCAUACAGGAGAGAAACCCUAUCAGUGCUUCGAAUGUGGGAAGAGCUUUAGACUCAGGCAUAGUCUCACUUCUCAUCAAAAAAUUCAUACCGGGGAGAAACCAUAUCAAUGCCUGGAAUGUGGGAAGAGCUUCAGUCAGGGGAUCGGUCUCACUUCCCAUCAACGAAUUCAUAGAGGGGAGAAACCCUAUCAGUGCUUUGAAUGUGGGAAGUGCUUCAGUCAAAGGAAUAAUCUCACUUCCCAUCACAGAAUUCAUACAGGGGAGAAACCCUAUAAGUGCUUGAAAUGUGGAAAGAGCUUCAGUCAGCGGAUCCAUCUCACUUCCCAUCAACAAAUUCAUACAGGGGAGAAACCCUAUCAGUGCUUUGAAUGUGGGAAGAGCUUCAGUCAGCAGAUCCAUCUCACUUCCCAUCAACGAAUUCAUACAGGAGAGAAAGCCUAUCAGUGCUUGGAAUGUGGAAAGAGCUUCAGUCAGCAGACCCAUCUCACUUCCCAUCACAGAAUUCAUACAGGGGAGAAACCAUAUCAAUGCCUGGAAUGUGGAAAGAGCUUCAGUCAGAAGGGUAAUCUCAUUUCCCAUCAAAGAAUUCAUACAGGAGAUAAACCCUAUCAGUGCAUGGAAUGUGGAAAGGGCUUCAGUCACAGGCAUAGUCUCACUACGCAUCAAAGAAUUCAUACAGGCGAGAAACCAUAUCUGUGCUUGGAAUGUGGAAAGAGCUUCAGUCAGCGGAUCCAUCUCACUUCCCAUCAACGAAUUCAUACAGGGGAGAAAGCAUAUCAAUGCCUGGAAUGUGGAAUGAGCUUCAGUCACGGAUUCUAUCUCACUUCCCAUCACAGAAUUCAUUCAGGGGAGAAACCAUAUCAGUGCUUGGAAUGUGGGAAGAGCUUCACUUUCAGGCAGAGUCUCACUUUGCAUCAAAGAAUUCAUACAGGGGAGAAACCCUAUCUGUGCUUGGAAUGUGGAAAGAGCUUCCGGGAGGGGGCUAAGCUCACUUCCCAUAAAAGAAUUCAUACAGGGGAGAAACCCUAUCAGUGCUUGGAAUGUGGGAAGAGCUUCACUUUCAGGCAGAGUCUCACUUCCCAUCAAAGAAUUCAUACAGGGGAGAAACCAAAAAAGGAAAAGGAAAAAGGGGAAAUUAUUAAACAACCCUUACAAAACAUAAUUGUAUAAAAAAAGCGAAUGGGGGAGAAUAUCUUAAAAUACUCUUUAUCACAUUUGUAUCAUAUAUAUCAUAUCAUUUAUCAACCCAUAGAAAGGCAGGCUCCAGGUCUUCCGGUCGAUCAUGCAGCCAUUACGGUCGGGAGUGAGCUCGUUUGAGUGAACCCCGGUGCGUCAAAGGCUGGGGAUACCACUCCAGCGCAGCGGAUUCCCUUAGAAACUCAAAUCGAGCUUUUGGGGGACCUGGACCUCUGGCAGCGUGGAUUGCGGGCUCCCCCUCCCCAGAAAGGCUCUGUUUUGAGCCCCCGAGAACGAGGGGGUCGGAGCUGUAGCGCAUCGGACAAAUUGCUUCCUUUGACAACGCUAAGCUGCAGGACUGAGUGGCAAUAGCGGUUGAUAUUAAAGGAAUGUGCCCUGAGUACUUUUGACAUUUGGCUUAUUUAGCUAAUUUGAGAGAAUUUGGAUACAGAAUAGGAGAUUUAAAACGGAAGCCAGCCCCUUUCCGCUGAUAGUGAGAAGCCAUUGUGACGUAACAAUGCGAGAGUGAAAGUGUUUUAAAUCCUGCCCUGCGGAAAGUGAAAGAGAGACUGGUUCCCAGCCUUGUCCCUGAUUGUUUGGAUUACAAAAGUUAUCUUUGACCUUGAAAGUCUGAGUUCCCAGCUGGGAGAUGAUAUUGGAAUUUAUGAAAGAAAAUAGACAAAGUUUACAGAGCCUUGCCACAGACGUUAAAGCAAAUACCCAGUGUCUGCAGGAAUUUAAAAAAGAUUUUGGAACUUUAAAAAAGGAUCUGCAAGAGGUAAAAAUAGAGGUUGCAGGUUUGCAAACAAGAAUCACAUAAAUUGAAUCAGUUAAAUUAUCAGAUUUGAAAAAAUUGCAGGAGGGGACCCAAACGUCAAUCACCUUCCUGCAAUUCAUAGAAUCAUAGAGUUGGAAGAGACCACAAGGUCCAUCCAGUCCAACCCACUGCCAAGCAGGAAACACCAUCAAAGCAUUCCUGACAUAUGGUUGUCAAGCCUCUUCUUAAAGACCUCCAAAGGACACAGUACUCCAGGUGAGGUCUGACCAGAGCAGAAUACAGUGGUACUAUUACUUCCCUUGAUCUAGAUGCUAUACUCCUAUUGAUGCAGCCCAGAAUUGCAUUGGCAUUUUUAGCUGCUGCAUCACACUGUUGACUCAUGUCAAGUUUGUGAUCUACCAAUACUCCUAGAUCCUUUUCACAUGUACUGCUCUCAAGCCAGGUGUCACCAUUCCUGUAUUUGUGCCUUUCAUUUUAAUUUUUUGCCCAAGUGUAGUACUUUACAUUUCUCCCUGUUAAAAUUCAUCUUGUUUGCUUUGGCCCAGUUGUCUAAUCUGUUAAGGUCAUGUUGAAGUGAGAUCCUGUCCUCUGGGGUAUUAGCCACCCCUCCCAAUUUGGUGUCAUCUGCAAACUUGCUCAGGAUGCCCUCAAGCCCAUCAUCCAAGUCAUUGAUAAAGAUGUUGAAUAAGACUGGGCCCAAGACGGAACCCUGUGGCACCUCACUAGUCACUUCUCUCCAGGAUGAAGAGGAGCCAUUGAUGAGCACCCUUUGGGUUUGGUCAGUCAGCCAGUUACAAAUCCACUGAAUGGUAGCAUUGUCUAGCCCACAUUUUACCAGCUUCUUUACAAGAAUAUCAUGGGGCACCUUGUCAAAGGCAUUGCUGAAAUCAAGAUAGGCUUCAUCCACAGCAUUCCCUUCAUCUACCAGGCUUGUAAUUCUGUCAAAAAAUGAGCUCAGAUUAGUCUGACAUGACUUAUUUUUCAGAAACCCAUGCUGACUUUUAGUGAUCACAGCAUUCCUUUCUAGGUGCUCACAGACCGUUUGCUUAAUGAUCUGCUCUAGAAUCUUUCCUGGUAUUGAUGUCAGGCUGAUUGGGCGGUAAUAUUUGGGUCCUCUCUUUCCCCCUUUUUGAAAAUAGGGACAACAUUUGCCCUCCUCCAGUCUGCUGGGACUUCGCCUGUUCUCCAGGAAUUCUCAAAGAUUAUUGCCAGUGGUUCUGAAAUCACCUCUGCCAGUUCUUUUAAUACUCUUGGAUGUAGUUCAUCUGGCCCUGGAGACUUGAAUACAUCUAAACUAGACAAGUAUUCCUGUAUUACCUCCUUACUUGUUAUGGGCUGUGUUUCCCCUGCUGAAUCAUCUGCUCCAUAUUCUUCAGGUCGGGCAUCGUUUUAUUUUUUGGAGAAGACUGAGGCAAAGUAGGCAUUGAGGAGUUCUGCCCUUUCUCUGUCCCCUGUUCGCAUUUCACCAUCUUCUCCUUCUAUGACGUCACAAUGAGAGUCUGGCUAGAGUGAGCGGAGCCCCGCUCCCAGGUUUAAGAAAGCGAUUUCUGAAAUGUCUUUAAAAUCUCAGUUUGCAGGCUUGUUUUAGAGCCCUGCUCUCUCUUAAAUUGUUUCAAAGGGUCGAAGAAAUAAAGGCUACAAAGUUUCUGAAUAGAGUUCACUGAGGAGACUGCUUUUUGCUUUCCGUUCUGCCGCAGGGGGGGGGGAGCCAGACCUCCGUGUUUAAGAGCUCUCCCGUUGGCCGAAUUAAGCUGAAUUUCCGAUUUAAUGGUGUUACUCACUGUGGCCAAGUUAGUUCCAGAUUUUAGAAGAUUUUUAGAGGAAAGUUGGUCGCUGUUCCGCCGCCAGAAAUCGGAGCUGCUACAUUGAAGGGAAGCGCUGUGCCUGCCGUGUCCGUGCCUACCACCUUCCCCGCUCUCACACCCUUAUUAGGGCUCUUCGGGGGGGGAAGGGAGGUAAAAAAAAAGACAGCUGCCAGGUCGCCAAGGCUUCAGGACGCUCUACCUGAAGUUUCAGGGGGGCUGCGCGCUCUGCAAACCCCCCAGAACCCUUCAAAGGACCGGGCGCUCGCGACCAACCCGGAAGUCUUAACUUGAAUUGGUUCUCAACCUCCAUUAAAAUAUUAUAUUUCAACCAUCUAUCUCCAUAUUCAACCUUUUAUGCUUCUUAGCCUCCAAAGGUGAAAUCCACCUGGGUGUUUUUCUUUCUAACAAAUCCUUACAUCUUAUCCAAACAUUAUACAAUGAUUUCCUUAUUAUAUGGUUUUUAAAACCUUUAUGGGCAUUUCACUUGUCAUACCAUAGAUAUGUAUGCCAUCCAAAUGCAUUAUCAAAACCUUCUAAAUCUAACAUCUGUAUUUUCCAACAAAACCCACUCUUUCAGCCAACAAAAGGCCGCUGCUUCAAAAUAGAUUUUUAAAUCUGGCAGUGAGAAACCACCCCUUUCUUUUACAUCUGUUAAUAACUUAUAUUUAAUUCUAGGUGUCCCCCCCCCCGUCAGAUAAAUUUAGACGAUGACUUUUGCUGUUCUUUAAAACAAUUCAACUUACGGUAUCAACAACUGUCGCGGUCACUCUGACCUGCACAUCACCCCCGGACGUUUGACGGUCUAUUGGUGAUGUGCCUACGACAAACAAAUACAUUCAGUCACUCACACACCUCAGACCAGGUUAUCUUAAAAUGAAACAAGAUAGUUUAUUUGAAUGUUCUUAUGCGUGAUGGUUACGGUACAAAGCUUAAACGGGUUCAAAUAACAGAUGGUUCCUAUACCGGCCUAAUACCUCUAAAUCUGAAUUACCGGCCUAUUACCUCUAAAAAUAACUAAUAUUAUCUAUCACUAUUCUCAUCACACUGUAUCCUGUCUAUCUCCCUGUUUAACAACCACCUCAAUAUUAACCAGCUCUUAUCUUCACACCAACUCUAACCUGACUGACUUCAACCAACAACUCCCUUCAACCACCUUACUGACUCCAGGGUUGGGGUUUUUAUACUCCCCCAGAGCCCUCCCCCCUGGGUUCUUAGGGUUCUAACAGGGUUAACCCUCUACAGCCUGGCUAAUUUUUAAACUGAUCGCCACAACAACCAUUGAAAGAUUUGUGUAAUGAAAUUUUGAAUGGAGGAGAGGCCCCCGAGUCUUGGAAAGAGGCUUAUAUCACGCUGAUACCUAAACCGGAUACAGAUAGAACGCAAGUGAAGAAUUAUCGCCCAAUCUCCUUACUUAAUGUGGAUUACAAAAUAUUCGCUAACAUUUUAGCCUCCAGAUUGAAAAAGGUUCUAAAAGAUUUUAUCCACCAUGACCAAGCUGGAUUCCUACUGGGAAGACAUAUGAAGGACAAUAUUAGGAAUGUCGUGGAUAUAUUGGAGAUGUUGGAGCAGAAAAUAAACAAAAAAGCCAUUUUGAUGUUCAUAGAUGCAGAGAAGGCCUUCGAUAAUAUUUCUUGGCUAUUUUUAAUAAGGAACUUAGAAAAAAUGGGGAUAGGCCAAAACUUUUUGAAUGGAGUAAAUUCCGAGCAAAAAGCUAAGAUAAUUGUAAACAACAUGGUUUCAGAAGAAAUUAGAAUUGAGAAAGGUACAAGACAAGGGUGUCCCCUCUCCCCCUUACUUUUUAUAUUGGUCCUGGAAGUUUUACUUGAUAGGUCUAGUUACAGGUAGGUAGCCGUGUUGGUCUGAGUCGAAGCAAAAUAAAAAAAAUCCUUCAGUAGCACCUUAAAGACCAACUAAGUUUUUAUUUUGGUAUGAGCUUUCGUGUGCAUGCACACUUCAUCAGAUACCGCAUGCACACGAAAGCUCAUACCAAAAUAAAAACUUAGUUGGUCUUUAAGGUGCUACUGAAGGAAUUUUUAAGGUGCUACUGAAGGAAAUUUUUUAUUUUACUUGAUAGGAUUAGGAAAGAUGAUGAAAUAAAAGGUGUGUCUGUAGGGAAGAAACAAUAUAAACUUAAAGCCUUUGCAGAUGACCUCGUUUUGACUUUGCAAGAUCCAGAGUCCAGUGUUCAAAGGGCUCUGGAAGUAAUUCAAGAGUUCGGAAGGGUAGCAGGUUUUAAACUGAAUAAAUCAAAAACUAAAGUAUUAGACAAAAAUUUGAAUAUUGAGGAAAGAGAAAAAUUACAAGAAGCAACUGGUUUAUCUUUUGUUAAGAAAGUGAAGUACCUUGGUGUUAAUAUGACUUCUAAGAAUUUGAAUCUGUUUAAAGAUAACUAUGUUAAAUUGUUCUGGUUACAGUUUUUAUUUUGGUAUGAGCUUUCGUGUGCAUGCACACUUCUUCAGAUACAGUGAAAUGGGAGUCCCCAGGCACUUAUGUAGAGAAGGGGUGGGGAGGGGUGGGGAUGGGGAGGGGGGAUCACUCAGAAGGGUGGUGGAAAUGGGUGAUUGACUGACUGAUAGCUGUUGAUGACCGAAAUUGUUAUGUUAAAUUGUUGAAUGAAGUUAAGAAUGACUUAGAAACCUGGACUAAAUUGAAAUUGUCUCUGUUGGGCCGUAUAGCUACUGUUAAGAUGAAUGUUUUGCCAAAAAUGUUGUUUAUGUUUCAAGCUUUGCCAAUAAUUGAAAAGUUGGACUGUUUUAAAGAAUGGCAAAAGGUGUUAUCAAAAUUUAUAUGGCAAGGGAAGAAGCCAAGAAUUCAAGUUAAAACCAUAUGAGCAAGUGGUGGAUUUCACCUUUGGAGGCUAAGAAGCAUAAAAGGUUGAAUAUGGAAGAUAGAUGGUUGAAAUAUAAUAUUUUAAUGGAGGUUGAGAACCAAUUCAAGUUAAAACCAUAUGAGCAAUUAAAAGAUAAAUUGGAUGAUUGGUUCCAAUAUGUUCAAAUAAAUUAAGUAUUUAAGAUGGAUAAGAAAAUUGGUUUCCAGAUAGAAAAAUCCAAGUUGGAAAUGGAAUUAAUGGAGACAAAAACGAAAAAUAUUUCCAGAAUGUAUAAUUUAUUAUUGGAAUGGCAUACGAAAGACGAGCAAGUGAAAUCAGUGAUGAUUGAUUGGACUAAAGAUGUGGGGCAUAAUAUCAUGAUGGAGGAUUGGGAGAGGUUGUGGAAAAAGGGAAUUAAAUUUACAGCAUGUCAUGUACUAAGGGAAAACUUAAUGAAAAUGAUGUAUAGAUGGUAUUUAACACCUGUUAAGUUGGCUAAAAUUUAUCAUAAUCAUGAUAAUAAGUGCUAGAAGUGUAAAGAAGUAGAAGGAACCUUCUGCCAUAUGUGGUGGAUGUGUCCCAAAGUAAAAGACUUCUGGGAAAGGAUUUAUAAUGAACUGAAGAAAGUGUUGAAAAACACAUUUAAUAAGAAACCGGAAGCCUUUUUACUUGAAAUAAUAGGGGAAGAAAUUCCCAAAAAGGAUGUUACUUUCUUUUUGUAUGCCACGACAGCAGCAAGAAUUUUAAUUGCAAAAUACUGGAAGAAACAAGAAUUACCAGGUAGAAGAAUGGCAGGUGAAGAUGACAGGGAGACUCCGAGACCAGAAAGAAGAGAUGGUGGAAGAAGAGUGGAAAAAGUUUAUUUAGGGAAAUAUUGCUGUGUAUAAAUAUUUGGACUUCUGUGGAAGAAAUUUAUUUUAGGCUUUAGGGAAUGAAGUAGAUGUUAGGAGAUUAGUUAAAAUGAAUGUAAUGUAAUUGUUAUGAGGUAAAGGAAUGAUAAUGUUAAACUGUAGAAAAUGUUUAAGAUUAGGAUUUAUGAAACUACUAAAGAUGAAGAGAAAUGAAAAUCAGAUGGGGGGACUUGGGGAAGUCCCAAAGACAAUGAUUUGAGAAGUUGACGAAAAGUGAAAAGAAUCUUUGUAUUGUUUUUGUUUGUUUUUUGUUUUGUUAUAAUGUUAUAUUGUUGGUUUUUGUGUGUGUGUUUACAGUGUUAUAAAAUUAAUAAAAAAUGUGUUGUUGUUUUUUAAAAAAAGGCAGGCUCCCCCAGCUGUCCCCUGGGUGCCCCUCUCUUCUCGUGUUGAUCAACGUCGCGUGCAUGAUGUCAUGAUGUCACAUGGCAUCGCUCACGUGGGACCCUCGAUCUCCUUAUGGAGAUUCUUAUUAUACUUAGGCAUUUUUAGGAUUGUAUUUGACUCUUGGAAAUGGCUUUGGAGCUUUUCAUGAACCCAAUAAGCUAAGUCAUGCUGACGCCUCUCCCUCUCCCCCCUUUUUAAAAGGUGAUGAAGAUGUCAGUCUGCAGAGAGAAUGGGGGGUGGGCUGGGGGGCAGUGGGGGCUGAACCAUAGGAAAGGAAAGGCCACUGGGUCCAAGCCCCAAGGUCGUCCAUCUUUGUCCAGCUUCAAAUGACCUGCUGGCGAAAGGUGCCCCUUGGGAAAGCCACCGGCUGAAGGUCGUGGUCCUCUGCUUCUGAGGUUCAUUCCUUUGCCUGGGAGACGGUCCAUGGCUCUGUGCUCCCUUGGGCCAGUGCACCCCUUCCUCAUCCUGCUGCCCUCAGGUGCAGCCCCCAUCUCCCAUCCUCAGAGGUAGGAGCGGCCCAAGACAUUUUGCUGCCUGAGGAAAAGGAGAAUCACGGAAUCAUAGAAUCCUAGAGUUGGAAGAGACCACAAGGGCCAUCCAGUCCAACCCCCUGCCAAGCAGGAAACACCAUCAAAGCAUUCCUGACUGAUGGCUGUCAAGCCUCUGCUUAAAGACCUCCAAAGAAGGAGACUCCACCACACUCCUUGGUAGCAAAUUCCACUGCCAAACAGCUCUUACUGUCAGGAAGUUUUUCCUAAUGUUUAGGUGGAAUCUUCUUUCUUUUAGUUUGAAUCCAUUGCUCCGUGUCCGCUUCUCUGGAGCAGCAGAAAACAAACUUUCUCCCUCCGCUAUAUGACAUCCUUUUAUAUAUUUGAACAUGGCUAUCAUAUCACCCCCUUAACCUUCUCUUCUCCAGGCUAAACAUACCCAGCUCCCUAAGCCGUUCCUCAUAAGGCAUCGUUUCCAGGCCUUUGACCAUUUUGGUUGCCCUCUUCUGGACACGUUCCAACUUGUCAGUAUCCUUCUUGAACUGUGGUGCCCAGAACUGGACACAGUACUCCAGGUGAGGUCUGACCAGAGCAGAAUACAGUGGUACUAUUACUUCCCUUGAUCUAGAUGCUAGACUCCUACUGAUGCAGCCCAGAAUUGCAAUUCCCAUUAUCUGCAUCAAACCUGACUAGAUGGGGAGUUGACUCUUAAGCCAACACUGGUGAUGUUCCGGCACCUCGCAUGGCACUCAUUUUUUUUCUUUUUUAGUUUCCUUUUUCUAUUUUUCAAAUUUAUACAUUUCAUUAGUUUUACAAACAAUUUGACAUUUCCAAAUUUCUUUCCCCUCUUUCUGCGGUUCCUUAAAUUAUUUUUUCCCAAAAAUAUCUUCUGUAUAUCCAAAUUCAUUUAACUUGCUCACUCAUUUAUCAAACCAAAGUAGUAGGUAAAAAUCUUUUGAAUGAAGAAAUAAUUAGAUUGGAAGAAACUACUGGCCUGAGUUUUCUUUUUAAAAAGUGAAAUAUUUGGGUGUGAAUUUGACAGCAGAAAGUUUGAAUUUGUAUAAAGACAAUUUUGAAAAGUUGUGGAAAGACGUUACAAGAGAUUUAUAUAUGGUCUGAUUUGCAAUUGUCUCUGAUGGGCCAAAUGUCUGUGGUAGGGGAAGAAACCAAGAAUCUAUA